AUGUAUGAGGAUAUUGAUCACCAAUAAGAAAACAAUGCUUAUGUUGAAUAAUAGGAUUAAGUAGAAUCUAUGGAUAACACUGAUGAAAUAGAAUUCAAAUAAUUAAAUUAUGAUUAAGCAUUAUCUUAAGUAGGAUCAUCAGGUUACUACUAAAAAAGAACAUUUGUCAUAUUUGGUUUAUAAUGGAUGAUAACCACGUAUGAAUUUAUAAUAAUCCUAGAUGGAUUCUUUUCGCUCCUGUUUUCUAUUUUAUCUAACCAACAAUUGAUUGCAAAAACGAUAUUAAUUGUAUAAAUGAAUGUUCUACUUUAAUUCUGGAUGAAAAAUGUCUAUCUUAUAUUUGUGUAAUAAAAAUAAAUAGUCUUAGGAAGAUUAAUCAAGAAUUGAGUUUCUUGUUGGUAAUUCAUUAAAUAUAGCAUUUAAUACUUUAUUGCCUUGCGAAUAGACAUUAUAAUCAAUAAUUAAAUCGAUUGUUUAUUUUGGCUCACUAACAGGAUUCUUUAUCUUUUCAUUUAUAGCUGAUAAUUAUGGAAGAAAACUGGCAUUGACUCUAUCUUGGGCUAUCACUACAAUAGGAUCAUUAAUUUUAGCAGUUACUUAUAAUUACUAAUUCUUUA